UCAGAGAGAGAGAGACUCAAACAUUCCAAUCCUGAUCCUUGCACAUUUGAAGCAGAAUUCACAAGGGAUUGAAGAAGUGAAGGACUCCGUGAAAGGGAGAUAAUGUAGACAACUUAAAGACAAAGAGAAGAAGAGAGAGAAAGCUUGAAAGGGAAGGGAAUGAAUAAGAGGGAGCAGGGGAAGAGAAAAGGAAUGGAAAGCUGAAGACUUCUCAUUACCAAAUAGACAGGGGUGCGGAGUUCCAGCGGGUCUUUCAACAGAUGUGGAAGGCUAAGUUGCUGCGUCAGGAGCAGAGCUAAAAGCCUAACAUCAGAGAAGACGACAACAACAUGCCUCCCUGACCACCGCCAGCGCAAUCCCUAUUUACAUACAGCCGUCAGGAUAUCCACUCGAUGAAGAUGUUGUCCAAUUGGUUGCCUUGGAGAUGUCUCUAACCAGGGCCUCCUCUUGGCGCCGUCCCCCUGCCCUGUUGCCGUGGCUGCUGUGGACUCUGUGGGUUCUACUCCUCCCCUCAACUGUCACCCCGACCACAGGCCCAGGCAACAGCACCCUGCUCUUCGACAGCACAGAAAACGGCAACAGCCUGCGGAACUGCAGCUGCUCCGCCCACAUCCAGGACUGUGACGAGGCGCUGGCAAACCUGCUGUGCAGCUGCCACACUGUGCUGCGCUCCAAGCUGACUCCCGGUGGCCUGAGGGAGCAGGGCGGACUGACCGUGUGGCUCAGAGAGCCCUGGGUCCUCACAGAGCUGCUGAACGGCAGCGUGGUGCCCGACCUCCACCUGUCCUUCUGUGGCACCAGCACCCUGGCCAUCCCCACCCAGUACCUGGCCCUGUUCGGCCUCCGUAGGCUGAGGGUGCACAGUGCUGCCCAGGGCGCCCCACACCUGGAGCAGGUCCUCACCAUCGCCUCUAGGAGUAGGGAUAUGGAGGGGAUGGGGUGCCUCUCCUCCACUGACCCCGCCUCCCCCUCCUCCUCCGUUCUCCAUGUAUCCUUCCUGGAUGUGUCAGUGCUAAACGGGCUGUCGUCCCUGAAGGCCUACAGUGUGAGCGCCCCUCCUUUGUCCACCCUCUUCCAACACUUCCCCCACCUGCCCCUGCCCCUGUACCCCUCCACCACCCUGGAUCAGCCCCCGGAGCCCCAACAGGACUGCCUCCUCACCUUCAUAUACUAGACCUAUAGACUCUGAGCUCAGAGCUAGAUCUGUGGAAACAAGACUGGGCUGGAUGGAUGACACUGAGGUGCCUACAAGAGCUCCAUCCACCCAGAUGUUACUGGAUGGGCUUGGUGUGCAGAGAGCUGUGCUGCUUUUCAAUGUUUGUCUAUAUGGUGCGUUUCUACGGUGCAGGAAGAAGAAAAAAAACACUAUUCUAUGUCCUCAAGAGGCCUCUGAACAAGACAACACAACCAUCUCUGAGAAGAAGAUGGAGUCAUAUUUCAAUAUCAUUGCAAGAGAGAGGGAGGGGAAGGGCUGGGGAGAGAGUAAGACGAGCACGGCAUCCAUAAACUGACAGAGCUUCUAGACCUGCUGUUAUGAAUGCUAUCUGACAGUUAAAUUUGCCAGCUGCUCUUUUCUCUCAGUUAUUGCGUCCAGAUGGCCUAUUAAAACAUGUUGUUUUGAAACAGGUUACGAUGGCUGCCUUAUAAAUGGGCCAGCCUGGUUAGAAUCCUGUUGGAUCAUCAGGCGAUGGACUUCACUCUUCGUGACUGUACAGUUCUGAACCCACCUUAAUUAAGCUGGACUUGGUUGGGGUUUUAUUCAAGAUUAAGCUAAAAGCGUUCUGGACUGGUUUGAUCUGGAUAAUGGUCCGGCCCAUGCUGGAUUGAUUACGUCACUCUGUUUCUGGUGUUCUAUAAUUCAGGGUUGUCCUGGAACGACCUUGGAGUAGAGUGUUCUCAUCCCUAUGUUCCACAAUGUGUUCUUCUGCUCAUGUUCUAGAACAGGGGUAGGCAAACUUUUUGGCUCGAGGGUCACAUUGGGAUUUUGAAAGGAGGGCCGCACAUUUUUUUUUAUUACCCCCCCCCAAAAAAAAUUUAACCUCCCGCGGGCCGGAUUGAAUGGGCUCGUGGGCCAGAUUUAAUGUAGUUUGCCCAAUCCUGUUCUAGAAGGACCAUGUCUGUACUCUUGUAUUUUUACAGUAGUACCUUGACCAGGGACCUAGAUCAGCCUAGUAAGGGUUAAUAAAUUGUACUCAUGGUGUAAAAAAAAGGACCUUGCAAAGAGGUGUUAGGAACUCAAAAAGAAGUUCUCUACUCAGAAAACGAAUGGCACCAAUAUGCUCUUCAUUUCCAUCUCACAUCCAGAGAGAGACUUAAACAUAUCAUUAAUCUAAAAUCACUCUCACAAACAAAGACUGCAGCCAACACUUCUGUUCUGUAGAUCCUCCAGAGUCUUUGAGCGUGUGCAUGUGAUUGUGUGUGUCUGGGCGAUGUGUGCAUAUGUACAGUGCAUUCAGAAAGUAUUCAGACCCCUUCAC